AUGGCCGGCUCUCAGAACAAGAUGGCUGGCUCUCAAUACAAGAUGGCCGGCUCACAUAACAAGAUGGCCGGCUCACAGAACAAGAUGUCCGGCUCACAGAACAAGAUGGCCGGCUCACAGAACAAGAUGUCCGGCUCACAGAACAAGAUGGCCGGCUCACAGAACAAGAUGGCCGGCUCACAGAACAAGAUGUCAUGCUCACAGAACAAGAUGGCCGGCUCACAGAACAAGAUGGCCGGCUCACAGAACAAGAUGGCCGGCUCACAGAACAAGAUGUCCGGCUCACAGAACAAGAUGGCCGGCUCACAGAACAAGAUGUCCGGCUCACAGAACAAGAUGGCCGGCUCACAGAACAAGAUGUCCGGCUCACAUAACAAGAUGGCCUGCUCACAGAACAAGAUGGCCGGCUCACAGUACAAGAUGGCCGGCUCACAGAACAAGGAGGGAGAUACAUAA